GAAGAAGGGCAUAUAAAAUGCCUGACUUCGUCAAAAUCCCCAAUUUGUAAAUUUUCCCCCAAAAUUUCUAUGGCCUUUUUCUCCAUUCCUAAACUUCAUCUUCAACCUAACAUGCCUCUUCCCGAUCAAACCCACUCCAAUUCACCUUCUCCGGCGCCGUCUAUCCCAUCCCACCGUCGCGACGAUCUCCCAGACCCCAUGGAUUUCAAUCCUUUUGCUACCAUCGCCACAUCUGCUGACGAUUCCCUCCCUUUCGAGACCGAUUGGUUUUCCGACUCGGAUUCCGACUCCGACCGCGAUGUCAAUUGCUUUGUCACUGAUCUUUUCGAGAAUCGUAGCUUCACCGAUCAUUUACGCGAUAACGAUCGAGGUUUGGAUUCUGCGCUGGACUCAUUUACGCGUUCUGCUAAUGAUUUGGGCAUUUCGGGAUUUGAAGAUAGCGGUGAGAUUGAAUCUAAUUAUAUUGAGGAGCUCUGGUCGACGUUCGCUGUUGAAUCUGAUACACGGGUUUCGGAGGUGGAUAUAGGCAUGCAAAUUGCGGAUUCCAUUACUAGUGGCCUUCGUGUUGUUGAUGUGGAUUCGGAUUCUGAUUCUGAUCAUGGGAUGAUUGGUGCUUUGCAAGUCGUGACAGGGGACGAUGGGUUGAAUGAUGGUAAUUGGGUUGAAAGUUCGAAUCCUGUCUCGGAUAACUUCAGCUUUUGUUUUCAGGGCCAGAGGAUUUCGUACGAGGAUUUUGAGUGGGAGGAGGUGGAGGAACGGGUGGAUGAAAGGGAAAAUUCGAGCGUAGUGGUAGAUAGAGCUGAGGAAUUGUCUCUUGCAUCGGGUUUUUCCAAUGAAGAAGAAUCGGGAGAAGAGGCGGGUCGAUGGGAAAUCCUAUUGGUAAUGAACGAUAUCGGAAGGAAUAAUGAUACUGAGGCGUACAUAGCGGACCAAGAUGAUUACAUGUAUGCAGCAGAAUACGAUACCCUUUUUGGACAAUUCGUUGAAAAUGAUAAUGCUUUGAAGGGUAGUCCUCCAGCUGCUAAGAGUGCUGUGGAAAAUCUUCCUCUGGUUGAGUUAAAAACAGAGAAUAAGCUGACAGAGGAAGUUGUUGUUUGUGCGGUUUGUAAGGAUAAAUUCUCAAUGGAAGAGAAGGUGAGGAAGCUUCCCUGUGGCCACUAUUACCAUGAUGAUUGCAUUCUUCCAUGGCUGAAUAUUCGAAACACAUGCCCUGUUUGUCGGUAUGAGUUGCCAACAGAUGAUCCAGAUUAUGAGCGUAGGCAGAGUCAGAGGGCGAGUGGUGGCCUGCAAUCGGAUUUGCAGGUCAGGUACAAUUUUGAGCUAAUAGCUUAAUAUUAUUAGUGCAAUAUGUGAAAUGCAACCUGUGAAUAGGGUCACUCUUAGAUGAAGAACGUUGCUUACGAUUUUGCAUUUGUAAAGGUUUUGUGGUAAGUAUUUGUUUUACAAAUUCUCCGCGUGGAACUACUAGCAUUGCUGUUGAUACGCUCAAAUUGUCCUCAAGGGUAUCCAUAGCGAUUCAAUGCUUGGUAAGUUUUAGUUACUAAUAGUAGGGGGGAAUUAUUUCAUCUCUUACUUACCUUUGUUGAAUUCAAUUUAGGAAUUAUAAUGAUUGAGACACAAGACAUACUAAGUGCUGGGCUUUGAAAUUUUUUACGUGUGAAUGUAUAUUUAUAUGCUUGAGUA